AUGGAUACAUAUUCAUACUCUCUAACUUCAUCUCCAUCUUCUUAUUCCAAUUCAUCUAACACUUCAACUCACUUCACUUCUCGCAAAGAAAGGAACACCCAGCCGCCGCCGCCGUAUCUUUCCGCUCUCCAUUCCGUUCGCAGACUUCCGGCGAUCAAGAAAAAGCCUAUUGCGCCGAUGCCGGCAACCCCUCCCAAAAUCUACAAGGUGGAGCCCGUCGAUUUCAGGGAUGUUGUUCAGAGUCUCACGGCGGCGCCGGAGUUCCAGAAGGUGGCGCCGCCGCCGCCGCUUAUGUUUGAUGGCGGCUUAACGGCCCCGGGGUUGAACCCAGUUCCAUGA